AUGACAAUCGGGGAGAUGAUCCUAGGGGCCAUCUUUCAAGCUAUCCUCACAGACUUGCGCCACCUAAUUCUAUCAAGUAGCGCAGAGGCCCCAGAUCUGGAGAAGGACCUUCGGAGUCUGCUGAGAUCCCUCACGCGUAUCCAGAGUAUCCUGGAGGAUGUGGAGAAGAACCAGGUUAACAAAAAGGAGCAGAAGCCCUGGGUGUUUGAAUUUCGGGAUGUACAGUACGAAGCGAACGACGUGCUGGACGAGAUCAGGAUGGAGUGUCUCAGGCGAAGGACCGUCCGCCUUCACAAGGUACGUGAUACUGUAUCUUGGAUGAACCCCAACCGUCUACAAUUCGAGAAAAAUAUAAAGGUUAGGCUCCGGCAGAUAAUUGAAGACAUAGACAAAAUUCCCACAAGAAACGCCUUUCCUCCGGCAGAGGCGCUACCUCAUAGAAUAUCAGGUGAUCAGGAUGAUGCUAAGCCGACAACUGGGAACGUUUCCAGCGAAUCUGCCUUGUUUGGUAGGGAAGCUGAGAUCGAGACGAUCGUCAAACUGUUAACAAGUGAUGGUAAACCUAGUUAUAACGAUCCCGGCGUGAUUACGAUUCAGGGAGUAGGUGGGAUCGGUAAAACAGCCGUCGCCCAGGCUGUCUACAACCGCAAGGACGUCUCCAAAAAUUUCUUCCUCCAGAUGUGGGUUUACGUGCCCCGCCAUGUAGCAAUCACCAAGUUGACUAGAUCGAUUCUUGAAGCCGCAGGUGGAUCUUCCAACCUCUCAGAGUUACACAUGUUGCAGGAGCAGCUCAAGGAACUCCUGGCUGGGAAGAAGUACUUGCUUGUUUUGGAUAACCUGUGGAAUGAGAAGUCGGAAGAUUGGGAGGAGCUCGUUUCAAACUGGGACGAACUCAAGAAGAUCUUUCUAGCAGGGGCUCCGGGGAGCAGGAUUCUUGUAACCACAAGAAGCCCAACAACCACCAGAAUUACGAGGACGAUAGGGCCAUCAAUACUUUUGCGCGGUUUAUCUUUCGAUGACAGUCUGUCCGUAUUUCUCCAUCAUGCGUUUGAAAAUCCGGUCGAAUACAGAAAGGAACCUGAACUGGCCAUCGCAGGGAUGGAAAUUACGGCGAAAUGUUCUGGUUCGCCGCUGGCUGCAAAGACAUUGGGAAGCCGUUUACGCGGUGAAGAUAGAUCAACGUGGGAGCAGUUCCGGAAGAGUGGCAUGCUACAUCUUAAGGAGAGUUGCUAUGGGAUCUUCAGGUCGCUAGAGUCCACUUACCAUCAGCUGCCGCCUCACCAGAAGCGGUGCUUCAGGUUUUGUGGCUUAUUCCCAAAGGGUCACGUGUUUGACAAAGACACCUUCAUCCGCCUAUGGAUGGCGCAGGGAUACAUUUUUCCUAAGGAGAUCUCCGCGGGAAAUGAACGGCGGGUCGAAGACGUGGGUGGAGAAUAUUUCGAUUCUUUCGUCGAUCGGCUGUUCUUCGAGCCCAUCGAGGGUUGCUCGACAAAGUACAAGAUGAGUGGCCUAAUUUCUGAACUUGCCCAGUUACUAACUGAAGGUGAGUGUUCUAUGAUUCACCAUGAUAUGAUGAGUAGUGUGCAGGAGACAAUUCGUCAUUCAGCUCUAAUAUUAGAUCAUCUUCACUCUAGCACCUCCGUGGGCUCAUCCGGCCCCAGAAAGACGGCCCAAGAUACCCUUGAAUGUUUCUACAGCUCGAAGGGCUUAUAUACACUUCUGGUGCUUCCCGGUCACCCCGAAAUCUGUUGGCAGCUGCCCCAAAAUAUGGCACAGAAGCUAAAACGUCUUCGAGUAUUGGAUUUCGGAAACAUUGAAAUUGAAAGUUUGGAUGCCUCAAUUGGGCAGUUGAUACACCUGCGAUACCUUGGGAUCACCAGCUCCAGUAUUAAAGGUCUUCCUGAUUCUGUGAGCAACUUAUACAACCUGCAAACUUUAUGUCUUAGAAAUUGCAAGCGACUGAAGACACUACCGAAGGAUCUAUCCUACUUAACCGGCCUUCGUCAUCUUGAUCUCCAUGAUGAUGCCGAUUUCGAUGAUGAAGUUUCCUUCUCAUUGUGCUCUAUGCCAAAGAAUAUUUACAAGUUGAAACUUCAGACGUUGUCCAAAUUUGUAGUUGGCGGAAAACUGAAGGAUUGCAGAAUAAGCGAGCUCAAGAAACUGACUCAAAUCCGUGGAGACCUCCGCAUCUUAGAUCUCCAUAACAUUCAUCAUGUAGAUGAGGUAAAGGAGGAGAUUUUGUCCGACAAGGAGUUCCUUUCCAGAUUAGAGCUGCAGUGGUGUGGGAAUCCUUCUUCAGGUGAAUUAAGCUCCCUGCAUGAACAUGUGUUGAGGAAACUAAAGCCCCACACCAACCUCCAGGAACUGUGGAUAGUGGGCUAUAAUAGAUCUUUGUUUCCAGAAUGGGUAGGUCAUGCUUCCUUCUCUAAGCUUGUGAAGGUCAGACUCUCCAAGUGCAGAACGUGCGUACAACUACCACCCCUCGGCCGACUCGAAUUACUAGAAGAACUUUGGCUUAAAGACAUGGAUGGCGUGGAAUAUGUGGACUGCCAAUUCUGUUGUGGGAGCAACCAAAGAAUUGGGUUUCCGUCACUAAGGAAGCUAUCAUUCGAAAACAUGCCAAAACUGAAAGGAUGGUACGGCGAGGAACGAUGCAAGCUCCCUUCUCUCCAGGAACUUUAUAUCAAGAAUUGCCCCUUGCUUCUUUGUUGUCACUCUAUUUCUGAUAGAACGAAAGUCAGCUUCAUCUAA